GGGGGGGUUGUCUUGUGCUUCCUGGACAUGGAGUCCGUGCUGUUCCCUCAGAGUUCCAAACCUAAAGUUGUGCCUGAGGUUCAGCCAGGGGAUGAUGUAGCUAGGAAUCUUGCCACUUGUAGUGCAAGGGAAGAAAGACACAUGAAGGAUAAUUAUAAAGCUCGUACUGAGGUAGCCAGGGAGGGAAGCUCUCCGAGGAGAGUUUUGGCGCGGGGCAGGAAGGCGGGAAGGAUGCUAAUGUGCUCUAGAAUAUGACUCCCGGGAGCUGCCCUCUCAGUGAUUGCAGAGCUGAGCCUAGCGAGACAAAGGAGAUGACAGUUUUAGUAACCCAAACUGAACGCACGUGUUCCCGUUCCCGUCUCUCUCUUGACUCUUCACGUGAAUAGUACCCGUCCACCCCGUGAGAAAAGCUUUACAAUUUCAUCACCAAAAGGAGAUGCUAAGCCUGUAUCACUCCAUGGUCAAGAUGCAAGGAGACGUAAGCCCCAAUCCUUCCCUUAUUGACAGAACCAUCAAGAUGAGAAAAGAAACAGAAACUAGGAAAGUGGUUUUAGCUUGGGGACUCCUAAAUGUAUCCAUGGCUGGAAUGAUAUAUACUGAAAUGACUGGAAAGUUAAUCAGUACAUAUUAUAAUGUGACAUACUGGCCCCUCUGGUAUAUCGAACUCGCACUUGCAUCGCUCUUCAGUCUUAAUGCCUUGUUUGAUUUUUGGAGAUACUUCAAAUAUACCGUAGCACCAACAAGUCUGGUAGUUAGCCCCGGACAGCAAGCACUGUUAGGGUUGAAACAGGCUGUUGUGCAGACUACACCUCCCCGUGAUUUGGCAGCAACCCAAAUCUCUCCAUCUCCACCUUCCCCUUCGAUUCAAGGUCAAAGUGUGUUAAGUUAUAGCCCAUCUCGUUCACCCAGUACCAGUCCCAAGUUUGCCACCAGCUGUAUGACUGGGUAUAGCCCUCAACUGCAAGGCCUGUCGUCAGGAGGCCUUGGCUCUUACAGCCCUGGUGUGACUUACUCGCCUGUCAGUGGCUACAAUAAGUUGGCCAGCUUUAGUCUGUCUCCUUCUUCUCCAUACCCUACCACUGUGGGCCCAGUGGAGAGCAGUGGAUUGAGAGCUCGCUACCGUUCUCCACCCACGGUCUACAACUCACCCACUGACAAAGAGGACUACAUGACAGACCUGAGAACUUUGGACACGUUCCUUAGAAGUGAGGAAGAGAAACAGCAUAGAGUGAAGCUGGGGAGCCCAGAUUCCACCUCUCCUUCUACCAGCCCUACCUUCUGGAAUUACAGUCGUUCUGUGGGUGAUUAUGCACAAACCUUAAAGAAGUUUCAGUAUCAGCUUGCCUGUAGAUCACAGGCCCCAUGUGCUAACAAAGAUGAAGCCGAUCUCAUUUCUAAGCAAGCUGCAGAAGAGGUCUGGGCAAGAGUGACUAUGAAUAGACAGCUUCUCGAUCACAUGGAUUCAUGGACAGCCAAGUUUAGAAAUUGGAUCAGUGAGACAAUAUUGGUGCCGCUUGUGCAAGAGAUUGAGUCUGUCAGCACCCAGAUGAGAAGGAUGGGCUGUCCAGAGCUACAAAUAGGAGAGGCGAGUGUUACCAGCUUGAAGCAAGCUGCCCUGGUCAGAGCUCCUCUCAUUCCAACUCUGAAUGCAAUUGUGCAGUAUUUAGACCUCACACCAAAUCAGGAGUACUUGUUUGAAAGAAUCAAAGAACUUUCUCAGGGGGGCUGUAUGAGUUCAUUCAGAUGGAACAGAGGUGGAGACUUCAAAGGACGCAAAUGGGAUACAGACCUGCCCACUGAUUCUGCUAUCAUCAUGCAUGUGUUUUGCACCUACCUUGAUUCCAGAUUACCUCCACACCCUAAGUACCCUGAUGGAAAAACAUUCACUUCUCAGCACUUCGUUCAGACGCCAAAUAAACCAGAUGUUACGAAUGAAAAUGUGUUUUGUAUUUAUCAGAGUGCUGUCAACCCUCCACAUUAUGAGCUAAUCUAUCAGCGGCAUGUCUACAAUCUUCCAAAGGGCAGGAAUAAUAUGUUUCAUACGUUGCUGAUGUUCCUUUAUAUCAUAAAGACCAAAGAGUCAGGAAUGCUUGGGAGAGUUAACCUUGGGCUCUCUGGCGUGAACAUUUUGUGGAUCUUUGGAGAGUAGUUCCUCAUUUAAUUCCAAACAUUUGGACUUUGCUUUUAACUGGUCUGGAAGAAGUUGGAGCUGAGCCCCUCCGAGUGCGCACCUCUUCUGACAUAAGAUGCAUGUUUUGCAGACUUGUUAAAUUUAACAGGAGACAAGCUGUGGGAGCUUCUUGUGAGCAUAGCAAAGCCUGCACCUUCUAGUCCACAGAAAAGCAUUACACUGGAUGGCUCUGAGCGAGCUAGUGCCGCUCCCUUCAUUUGGUGAGGGCAAGGACGCCUCUCCAUUUUAACCCCAGUGAGAACCUGCACCUCAUCCUGUACCAUCAGAGACUGCUUUCAUUGUUGGAUAGUAGUGUAAGUUCUCAGAUGAACCUUGCUAGUUCUCUUUGUUGUAUCUUUAUAUUUCCCCAGUGUUCUACAAGUCAGCCUAAAGCUGAAAUGAAAUUAAUUUCUAAGUGAUGUAGUAAUUAAUCCUGCUGAGCCAUCUCCCCAACCCCCUAUUGUUUUUUUUAAUAUUAAAAGAGAUUUGAUAAUAUUGGCAUCUUGAAAGGUCAAUGCUUGCAUUAAAAUUAGCUGAUAAAAUUAAACUUUUGGGUUUUAGUUAAAUGUCUAAGGACACGAAAAAAACGGUUCACUGCUUUUAUUAGCACUGCGUGUGCGCGAGGGCCUGUGUGCUGGCGCCUGUGUAUCAUCAGCAGGCACUUUAUCACUCCUUUAAGAUCCCAAUGAUAGCCUUCCUGCUUCUAGUUUACAGGUAGAACAGAGUAUCAGCUCUCCAUCUAUUCUUCUAUAUGUGUACAUAGAUAGGGACCUAUACAUAUCUAUAUGUAUAUGAAGUAAUUAGUAGUCACAUUUUUUUGGUGGGGGUUAUUUUCGAGACAGAGUUUCUCUGUGUAGUCCUGGCUGUCCUAGAACUCACUCUGUAGACCAGACUGGCCUCAAACUCACAGAGAUCUGCCUGCCUCGGCUUCCUGAGUGCUGGCACCAAAGGUGUGCACCACCAACGCCCGGCUAGUAGUCACAUUUGUAAUGAACAUGUCUUUAUAAAGAUUGCUUCCAUCACCUGAAUGUGAACAGAUGGGAUGUGCCGUCCAUUUUUGUAUGGUUUGAGGGUUUUUUUCUUCAAAAGGUCAGAAGGUUAACCUUAAGUUUAAAAGCUAAUGUCCACAAGGAAGGAACUGUCACUUAACUAACUGCUCUUGGUUACCCUAAAAGAAAAUAUCAUUUAACCAUGCUAAACUUAAGGACACGUUAUAAUUUAAACCUGUAAUUUUUGAGAGAGAUUCGGGGUGCCAUGGAAUCAGUUGCUGUGCUAUUUAAGUAUCCAGCUGCACAGACUGCACUAAAAACACCGGAGAAUCUUUAACAGCACAUAAGACACCACCAACCCUGUCUUUUAUUAUAACUCUGAAAGAAUAUAGUAUAGUAGUAAAUAGAUGUAAAAACACUUGACUAUGUAAAAAGAAAAGUUGUUUUGCCUGCAUACUUAGUAUAGGUUGCUGUAGAGUUCCUAUAACAAUGUCUACAAGUGUUUGAGCUAGCUGUACUUACUAUUAUCUUGUAUUUAAACAGAAUUGGCACAGACAUGGUGGGAAAUUGCCAGGAACCUCAGCUGCUCAUGAGGUUGAAGUGGGAGGAUCAUUAGUUCAAGGCCAAACUAGGGUACCUUGUGAUAACCUUUCAUAAAUAUAAGACAUUAAUAAAAUAAUUAUAGUAA